GGGGCGGGUCUUAUCGGUGUCGUCCACUUCCUGCUUCUCUCCCCUGGUUUAGUCUGAUCAGCUGCACCAGCUUUUUAUCCGACGACAAGCACAAUGUCACACCAAACGGGCAUUCUCGCGGGGAACGAUGUGAAGGAUAUCUUUGCCAGUGCCAGGAGUGGAGACCUAUAUCGAGUCUUAAAGAUCAUCAUUGAGGAUGAGCAGCUGACUUUGGGUGCCACCAGGAAAGCAUCAAAGAAGUGGGACCAGGAGUAUGAUUCCUUAGUGCUGCCACUCCUUGAGGAUGACGUACCCUGUUAUAUACUGUACCGUCUGGACUCCACUAACAACCAGGGCUAUGAGUGGAUCUUUCUGGCUUGGUCACCAGAUCACUCUGCUGUGCGACAUAAAAUGUUAUAUGCUGCUACCAGAGCUACACUGAAGAAGGAGUUUGGAGGCGGACACAUCAAGGAUGAGAUUUUCGGCACCACAAAGGAUGAAUUGAAUCUUAGUGGAUACAGGAAAUAUUUGACCUCGCAGGCUGCUCCCCUACCCCUCACGGCUGCAGAGGAGGAACUGAGACAGAUUAAACUGAAUGAGGUGCAGACAGACAUCAGUGUGGACACUAAGCAGCAGACUCUGCAGGGAGUGGCCUUCCCUGUUCACCACGAUGCUAUUGCAGCACUUGAACAUUUUAGAGACAAGAAAAUCAACUAUGUACAACUGCGAGUAGACGCUGAACAGGAGCUGAUUCGAUUGUUCAGCACUGAGCCAACAGAGGUGAAAGACCUGCCUAAGAGAAUCCCUAAAGAUUCUCCACGCUACCACUUCUUCCUCUACAAACAUUCCCAUGAAGGCGACUACUUGGAGUCCACAGUCUUCAUUUAUUCUAUGCCUGGCUAUAAGUGUAGCAUCCGCGACAGGAUGCUGUAUUCCAGCUGCAAAAACCCCUUGGUUGACAUGGUGGAAAACAAACUCCAGAUUGAGAUUGAGAAAAAAUUGGAGAUUGAAAAUGGGGAUGAACUGAACAGUGAUUUCUUGUACGAGGAGGUGCAUCCCAAGCAGCAUGCACACAAGCAGGCCUUCGCCAAGCCUAAGGGCCCUGCAGGGAAGAGAGGGGGCCGGCGCAUCACCCGACCACCUGGAGAGGGAGAGGAGGAAGAUUAAACAGACCUCAGCACCCGACCAGCACCUCCACCCCUAGCACGUUCCACAGUGGAAUAUUCCUGUGAAGGGGAAAUCGUAUUUGACAUGCUUCUUUAAAAUAUUAAAACAACCUCAAAUUCCCACAUAGUUCACCCAGAGACCCAACUAUGCACGCCAAGGACAAAUGAGCAGUGACGCGCUUCAGAAUUUCCAUUUGUAGCUUGCCAAAUGGAAGCAUAUUUAUGUAUGUCAGUACAUUCGCAAAAAAUUAAUUUACAGUGAUUCACAGAGUCGCAAUCUAAACCUGAGAUUUUUACAUUGUUGCCGGCUCGGAGGCUUAAAAAGUAUUAGUGUGACUAAUGUGAACUUGCGUCAAUAUGACGAGAUUCCCCCACUUUGAGUUCACAUGCUUGAAUUCUUAACUUGCAUUCCUUAAGACUGUGUCAAUUAAUCUGUGUCUAUUGUGUUCGACAUUUGUCUCCUACUGUUUGCACAACGAGGUGCUCCAAAGCCGGAAAGAUACAAUUAUCCCAUUUGUGUCUGUCGAUUCGUUUUAACAGUGCAUUUUGUAUUGGAAAAUUGACUUCUUUUUUGAUAUAACUGUGAUUCACAUGGGAAGAAAAAAAUCAUCUGCUGAAAAACUUAUUUUUCUAUGCAAGUGCUGUAAAUGUACAUAUUGUAGCUGUGUGAUGCUCUAAGAAACAGUCUUGUCUGUUCUGGUGAUUGUCGGUGUCGGCGAGGACCACAGUGGAAAUAACAGGGGCUUCCAGAAAUAUUACAUCGAUACAUCUCAGAUUCUCAGAAGAGGAAGCUACUCCACCUUUGGAGGUUUUCAUACAACACACAUAGGGCCAAGAAACUGAUAGGAAGUAGGAGUACCUUGAUCAAAAUGUUGCCACUGGUCUACUGAUUAAUAUUAGGCAAACUACUAAGCUCACCUCUUUUUUGAAGGGAGAAUCCCUUUAUAUUCACAUAGUGUCAUAAUAAUAGAAAAGAAAAUCAUGUUCGGUCUUAUGUUUUCUUACAAACCUUUCUUUUAAAGAAGAAAAAUAAAAAUAUUUAAAUCAUG